AUAAUAAUUGCAUUGUUGGUGACAUCAUCUUUGUUUGUGAUGGCAAUACCCUCACAAUGGAUGAUUGAUGGUGUACCUUAUCAUAGACAAGAGACGAAUUAUAACUGUGGGGAUGCUUCAUUACAAAUGGUAUUGUCUUAUUAUGGACGUAAUAUAACACAGAAACAGAUAGUUGAUGUUGCCAGGACAUCAAAGAGUGUUGGAACACUAUCUUAUGACAUUGCACGUGUUGCUCAAUUCUCAAUUUUAAGUCAAUCGCAAGGUACAAAGUGGAAGAAUCACGAAUCAUUCGAAGGAUUCAAUGGCUAUCCACAUGGACUCAAUGCCGUUGGUUAUUCAUCCAAUGAAGAAUGGACCGACUCACUCAAGACUUCUAUCUACCUAAACAUCCCCGUGAUUGUCCUAAUGCACUACUCUGUCGAAUCACCUGGUGGACACUUUAGAGUUGUAAUUGGUUACAAUGAUGAUGAUGAGACGUUUACUACCCUCGACCCUUGGGAUAGAGAUGGCCAGCCUCAGGUGUUUGUGAUUCCUUAUUCCAACUUUACUACACUUUGGAAUUAUACCGAGGUGGAUAGUCCGAGAGGAACACCAUUCUUUGGUUGUGCAAUUUGGCCUUUGGACAUCACUCUAAAUGUUGAGUCCAGCCAAGGAAAUCAAACAAUCUUUGUUGGAACCGUGCUCUACAACAACCCCAUUCCAGGACUAUCUGAACUAAGC